GUGUGCCAUGCGCUCGCCUCCUCGCGACCCACGCGUUCAUUUAAAUGCGCAACCGCCUUGUCAGCUUCACGACAACAAGCCAGCUACCAAGCUGUACCGUUGCCCACUCCAAGCUCAGCCUUGGCCAACGUCAACGACACUGAACAGGACAAGCGAGCGGCACUCCAGCAGUGGGGACAGCUAGUUGGCGUUUCCUUCACCUGGAGGCUCAAGAAGGAAUCGCCGCGUGGUCUCCUGUUCCGCAUCUGUGGAUUUGGACGAGCAACGACUCGCCAAGUAGACCGAGCUACGCGAGUCUGUUCCGCCAUGUCAACCGUUCGGCCGAUGACAUCUAAGCGCCAUCUCCAAGAAAGGCCGCAGCAGAUUCAUGGCCACUUCUGUUCAGCCGAAGUGCGUCGUGACAGACACGUCAGAUGUAAGCCUGAUCAUUCGGCUUUUGAGAGACCCCAAUGGGAUGACAGCACAAAAGUUCCCAGGACUUUUGACGAGUUCUGGACGACCGCUACGCAGCAAAAACAACGCGUGUUUGCUUACGCAAAAAGGAAGACUGGGCAGUGUCUACAGGCCAGGGCGAAGACGGGCAGCAAGGGAGAAGCCACCACCUCACCUAGUGGGUUGGCCGCCCUGAAGUUCCCUGAUUACUUCAUCCUGUUUGCUCGAGUGUGCUUCUCACCUGACUGCUCUGACCUUGACGGCCAUAUUCAGGCUUUUCCUAAAAAAAAGGCUCGCAUGGUUUAACUGCCGCCCCUUUUAAUAAAGAUUUUCGUGUGCUUA